UGGGCGGCGCCCGCGGGGAGCCUUCCCGCGCAGCCGCGCCGGCCUGAGGGGGGCGCUUUCCGCGUCGCAAGCGCGCGAGGAGAGGCGGGAGGGCCAGGUGGAGAGAAUAUCCAGGUAAUAGCUGCAAUUCCACCUCUGGUCUGGCUGCCAUGAAUCAUGGGAGAACUACUCCCUCCACUCCCAUGCAGAUUUACCAGCAACCUCCAAGGCUUCUCAUUGUGCACAUCACUCUACCAUCCUGGGCUAACAUCUGCUCCAACCUCUGUGAGGCUCUCCAGAACUUUUUCUCUCUAGCCUGCAGCUUAAUGGGUCCCAGUCGCAUGUCCCUCUUCAGUUUAUACAUAAUACAAAAUCAGCACGAGUGUAUCCUCCCCUUUGUGCAAGUGAAAGGGAACUUUGCUAGACUGCAGGCCUGCAUCUCAGAGCUCCGCAUGUUGCAGAGAGAAGGUUGUUUCAGACCACAAAGCACUUCUCUGCAGCUGGCAGUAACAGAUGGGCUCCAACAGUUCAAACAGUACAGCAGACACGUGACCACAGGUGCAGCUCUGAGCUACACUUCUCUGGAGAUUACUGUUCUGACUUCGCAGCCUGGAAAAAAGGUGGUCAAACAACUGGAGGAAGGAUUGAAAGAUACAGACCUAGGCAGGGUCAGGAGGCUUCAGGUGGUUGAGAUCACAAAGGGAGUCCUAGAGUGUAUGGACUCAGCCUCCCCUGCGGAAGAGCCCAGCAAUGAUGAGAGUUCUACCCUGGGAACCGACUUUGACCUUCAGACUAUAGACAAUGAUAUUGUCAGCAUGGAGAUUUUCUUCAAAGCCUGGCUACAUAACAGUGGAACAGACCAAGAACAUAUCCAUCUUCUUCUUCCUUCACGGUGUUUGAGCAACAUUUCCAGAGCCAGAGAUAAUUCAAUGUGCCUGAAAUGUGAUCUCCAAGAGCGACUUCUCAGCCCAUCCCUGCUCCCUGGCACAGCUGAUGGCUCCUUGCGAAUGGAUGACCCCAAAGGAGAUUUCAGCACACUCUACCAGAUGGCUUCCCAGUCAUCAGCCUCUCCUUACAAGCUCCGGGUGGUCAAGGCUCUGCAAUCCAGCGGGAUCUGCGAGUCACUGACAUACGGGCUCCCGUUCAUCCUCAGACCCACAAGCUGUUGGCAGCUGGACUGGGAUGAGCUAGAGACAAAUCAGCAGCAUUUCCAUGCCUUGUGUCACUGCCUGCUGAAAAGAGAGUGGCUGCUCUUGGCCAAAGGAGAGCCCCUGAGCCGAGGACACGGCCCAAGAGAGCCCGCCAGCACCUUCUAUGUGAUCAUGUCGUCACGCUCCCCCACUCUGCUGGUGAAGGCGGUGGCCACGCGGGAGCUGAUGCUGCCUGGUCCCUUCCCAGUGCUGCCUGAGGACCCGCUUGAUGACAGUCUCAAGACCGUGGAGAGCCUGCUGGAUGGUCUAGAGCUGGAGCCCACCUACAACCCCUUGCAAGUUUGGAGCCACCUGUACUCACACCUGAGCAGCACCUUCUUCAAGCCUCAGGGGCGACCCCACCACAGCUGGGAGAGCCGGGCCCUGAGAAAGCCUGGGCAGUUGCAGACCAACCGAGUUAGAGCCACAGUGGCCCCCCUGCCUGUGACUCCAGCCCCUAACAGAGUCCCCAAGAUGUCAGCAACCAGCAAAGCCUCCACAGAAGUCUUGUUCCAGCCUUCCAGGGAGGAGGAGGAGGAGGCGGAAGAGGAGGAGGAGGAGGAGGAAGAGGAGGAGGGGUACCCCUCAGGGCUCUAAGUCACCAACGCCAGAGGCAGCCAGCCUGCUCAACCACUUCCAUGCUAAGGCUCACACAGCAGCUUUCGUUGGUCAAACUUGUCUUCUGUCCACCUGAUGUCUGCCUUGCAUCAGCCUCUGUGAGCUCCAGGUGACUUUAGAGCCUUCCCCUCUUCUGCCAUCAGUGCUGCCACCAACCCACUCCUCAGGCCUGGAAGAGACACACCCAAGCCUUGUCCUUCUAGCAGGGAGCUUGGACUCAUUCUCUUUUGGAUCAUUUGAUACUGUUAACACAGAUGAAGAUUAAAUACCCAGUAAGCCUCCACCAUUGUUAGGCUCAUUCUCUGCCCUGAAUUUCUCUUUAUAGCUCUGUGUAAGCAGAUAGGUGAGGUCAGGUCCCCUUCAGGAAACUGGGCCUCUAAGGAUGAGGUUUUCAGAGCUCAUGAAA